CAUUUUGUAUCGACAAAUCGUUCAUAUAUCAGUUCAAACAGCAUCCAUUCAAAUCAAUUUUGUUAGUCGUGGCGUGUUGCAAGUGAUUUAAUACCCGAACUUAAAUUGUAACAUAAUUCUACACGUGUGUUGGUCUAACAGUUAUCAAGACUUUCAAAUUAUCUAUUUGGGAUCUCUAGAUUUUUUCGACACAAAAAUAUUGUAGACAACACGCCGACGUUUAUUUAUUUUCAAUCAAGACAAAUUGUUUGACAUUAAAUAUAAAGUGCAUUAUGGAAAAGCCACGCGAAAAGGUUUUCUAUCGCAAGGUUUCGUUUGUCGAUAGUCAAACAAAUAUAUUGUACAAUCGCAAGGAUCGUGACCGCCCGCGUCCGCGUAGCCGCAGCGUCUACACGAGCAAGUCGCACAACAGCGACAACUCCGGCAGCCUGCGGGACUCCAAAAGCUACGAGGCGGUCGUACCCUGGCUGUCCAAGAGCCUCUCCAACAAGAACAUCUUUAUCGAUGAUUACAACCAUGAAAUCUACCAUGAAGAUUCAUCCCCCAUCUGCGUGAGUCCUCUGGGCGUGAUCACUCUACGCUUACACGAUCGUGUGCGUGUGGAUAUCUCCCUAGAUCGCGCCGUGCGCAUCAUCAACCCACGUAGUGGGAUUGUGAUUGCACUGAGUGCUUCCGGCAGUACUGCAGCUCUGAUGCACCCGAAUGGCAGGGUGUACCAGUAUGGUUCACGCGUGGAGAUCCUCGCACAUGAUCCGCAUGGUAACAACAAGUACGCCAAGAUGUGGUACAAGGGUGUGAGCUUCACCAGCGACCAAUGUGCGCUUGUUUAUCUGGUGGACUCGGCAGGAACACGCACCACCACUGACACAUUCAGUGAUCUCAACGUUGACUUCUCCAUUUCGGUGUUUUGCUCGGAGAGUCCGUAUAAUGAGAACACAGUCGGGCAGAAUUUGAUCAACGAGGCGGUGAAUCUUCUGCAGAACUCAACGUAUUGGGUGUCUGAUGAUGGCACCAGUAAUUGGUUGAUUAAUAAUGUGCGUGUGUCGCAAACUACAGAUGGAUUAGUCAGAUUGGGUCGUAAUUCGAAUAAGUUUUCGCUGCAUACAUCGCCAUCGAAUGGAUCCGCGCGUAUUAGUUCUCCGUUUUUGCAUUGUACUGGAUCAAUGGGCCAAACUCGCCACUUGUUUGUGCGUCGAGGUGAACGCAGGAUGCAUUACGAUGGUGCUAGUUUUAUUGUGCGCAAUGCUGGACAUUCGGCUGGGUUUGAUGACAAGCACCAACUGAAAGUUUACUAAAUGCUUGGUGCUUGGAGGUUGAUCAUGCGGCGGAGCAGCUGGGGCUGGCUUUGUUUCGUUUUAUUUAACAGGCAUUUUGUUUGCCUGCGGUGACUUUCAGGGCUUGUGGGUGGUUUCUGUAUGGCUGUAGGUUCAGCAACAAGGUGUUGUACAAAAGUAUUUCAAGAGUCUUUAAAACAUUUCUUUCAAGAGUUACGCAUGAUGGCAUAAAUUGACUCUCGUUUGCUGCAUUCACUUACAGUCUACUGUUUAUUGCAAUAAUUUAUAGUGAGUAAUUGUUUUGGACGAUCAUUGGAAAUUAUUUGUUAUUAAAUCGUUUGUUUUCAUAUUAAUAUCUUGUCGGGGAGAAUUCUUAAGAUUGUGAUAUAAGUAUGGUGCUCUAGUGGCGGUGUAAUAAACUUGUUCACAAAUUAAA